ACAUGGGGAUUUUCUGAAAAGUUACUACGCAAGUUUGUAAUAAUGUUACGUCUAAUCGAAAAUAUAAAAGCCUGUGACCAUCUUAAAUACUGCAUAUAAGUUAUUCAAUAUAUGUGAAUUAAAGAUGUACGAAAAUAUGAUGAAGGCAAAACAAUCUUCUACAUUAUUUUGUUUUCUAUGCGUGUUGUUAAUAACUGAAAUCAACACUAGAACAAUAAAAUCUUUAAAAGGAAAGUAUGUUAAACUUUCAAAAAUGCCUAUAAAACCAGAUGGACAACAAGAGUCCAUUGUUGACAUAAUAAAACGACCACCAUCGCAAAAUGGAAAAUUAGAUUUGGCAUUUAUAAUGGAUUCAACAGGAAGUAUGGCUUCUUAUAUAAAUAGUGCAAAGCAGAACAUCAGAGAAAUUGUAGAGGAAAUAGUUGCUUCAUCCGGCAGUGAUGUACGACUAGCAUUGAUAGAAUAUAGAGACCAUUCACCACAAGAUAGAACAUUUGUCACCCGAAAACAUGACUUUACGUCUUCUGUAUCUACUAUGAAAUCAUGGUUAAAUUCUGCACGCGCAAAUGGAGGAGGUGAUACACCGGAAGCCGUUGCAGAAGCAAUGUUUCAAGCAACUAAAUUGUCAUGGCGACAGGAAGCAACUAAAAUAAGUGUUAUGAUAUCUGAUGCACCUCCCCAUGGACUUGUACCGUCCGAAGACAGUUCAUUUCCAGAGGGAUCUCCAAACGGUCACGAUCCUAUGCAAAUAGCUCGAGACUUGGCUCAGAAAGGUGUAACAUUAUAUGUUAUUGGUGUGGAACCGCCAAUUGUUCCAUACAAGGACUUUUUCAUGGCUUUAGCUUAUAUUACAGGAGGUCAAUAUGUCCCAUUAUCAGUACCUCGUCUUUUAGUAAAUGCUAUAACAGGGGGAGCUCAGGAAGAAUUGUCUUUACGAAAGUUUCAAGCGGAGGUACAGCAAGAAAUUAAGCAAGCUUCUAUAGCAGGCGGGUCAGGCGGACUAAUAGAUAAACAGCAAAUUGCACAAACUGUAUUCAGGAGACUACAGAAAUCAGGUGCUAAAUCGAAGCAAUUAGUCAGGAACAACAAAACUCUAGAAGGGCCUUCAGUUGAUGCCAAAUUAUUAGCAUCGAAGGCUUCAAUGGCAGAAGUAAGAAAAGUAUUCAAAAAAGGGACAAAAACAUUUUCAUCAUUACCCACGAGAAGAUUAGGUGGGUUGAGACCAUCGUUCGCAACGAUAGGUGGAUUCGAUGGAGCCGUAGUUGGAGGCAGGGGUGGAGGCCCAACGAGUAGAAUGUCACCUGAAGCUUUAAUUCCGAGUUCAAGUGGUAGUGACAAACUUUCAACAAAAGAAUCUGGAAUAACUUUGGAACAAAUCAAUAGGUUAGUAGAAAAGGAGACGGCAAGACUACCGAGUGUUUGAAAUGUAAAUUUAACUUUUUAUAAGUAUGAAAUUGUGUGUGUGUGUGUGUGUGUGUGUGUGUGUGUGUGUGAAUUUCCAUUUUUCUAUUAAUAUUGAAUCAUUAAUAAAAAUAUAUCUUGUG